AAGUCUGGCAAACCGUAUCUAGAAGAAAGUGCAUUUGAAGCACUGGAAAAAGACUUCCAAGAAGUCAUCAGUCUACUUAAGGGAGAUAAAACUCUGGAAAAAUUCCGAAUAGAAUAUGAGAAGCUCCAUGCUGUUUUGAAGAAGUCUCAUGAAAAUGAAAAGCGUCUCAUGGAGAAAUGCAGGGCUCUGAAUGCUGAGGUUGUGAUGAAUUCUUCUAAAAUAGCUGCACUCACAAAGCUCUCUAGAGAUGACCAGGAAACUCUAUCAUCAAUGAAGACGGAAAUUGAAAAGGCCUGGAAAAUGAUGGAUAUAGCCUAUGAAAAGGAACAGAAAGCAAAGGGAACGAUUGAUUCACUGCAAAAGGAAAUUGCACGCCUAACUCAUUUAGUGGGGCAAGGAUCUGGACAGUCCUUGGAACAAGAGUACAACACCCAGGAUUUGCUAAAACUUCAAGAAGAGAUAACAAAGGAGCGAAACGAACUCUUGUCAGAGAUUGUGAAGUUACGUCAAAGUCUAACUGAUGCCACAGGGCAGCAGCAGGAUGCAGAAAGGGCUAAAAAUGAGGCAGAACAAUCCAUUAUGCAGCUUCAGCAAGAAAUCCAGCUACAGCAAAAUGAGGCAUCACGAGAGGCUCGAAAGAAGGAAAAAAUGGAGAAGGAGCUGAAAAACCUUCUAACUGAAAUGGAUAACAAGAAAGCUGAGAUCAAGAAUUUACAGCAACGUAUAGAGAAGAACAAAGAGGAACAACUGAAAAUGGAAGAGCAUCUACAAGAGCAGAAGAUCUUGAAUGAAAAAGUUGGUAAGGAACUUGAGGAAAUUCAGACAAGAAAUAAUAAACUCCUGCAAGAGAGUGAGCAGAACAGUGUGAUGUUUGAAGAAGUGAUGCGGGACAUCCAGCAGAAGACAGCAGAACUGAAAGCCAGAAAUGAUGAAGUGACUCAGAUACGCCUUGAAAUUUCAAAGGUGAAUAAAGUAAGGGAAGUUCUCCAGAAUAAGCUGCGUGUUGCAGAAGAACAAAAAGUUGAUGCAGCACAUGAGAGAAACACCCUAAAAAAUCAAAUAUCUGGGUUGGAGAAAGAGUUGGAGGCAGCCAAAAAGCAGGCAGAGACUGACAAGAAAGUUACAGAUGCGCUUAUGAGGGAAAGGGAUAUGCUGAGCAAGAACUUGGUCAAGGCGACCAGUGAAACUGAGAAGCAGGUAAAUUUAGUGAAGCUGCAUGAACAGUCAAAGAGGAAUUUGGAACAAGAAAUCCAAAAUUAUAAGAAUGAAGCUCAGAAACAAAGGAAGAUUAUUUACCAAUUAGAGAAGGAGAGAGAUUGUUUCAUCAAUGAAUCCAGUAAGCUGAAACAGAAGGUCCUCCAGCACCUCAAACAUAUUGAAACACAGGAAGUACAGAUCUGUGACUAUGAGAAGAAAAUAGAAGAGUCUGUGAUUAAAUUACAACAGCAACAAAACCACUGUGAAACUGUGAGAACAGAGAGGAACCUGUACAGUAAAAGUCUGAUUGAAGCUAAGGAUGAAAUAGCAGAAAUGACAAACAAAGUGAAAACUUUGACACGUCAAGUGGAUCAGCUGAAAGAGGACGUCAUGGGCAAAGAAGCAGCCCUUGUGAAAGCACAUCUAGAACAUCAGCAAAUAGAGAAGGAGAAGGAAUCACUGAAAGCUGAACUGCUUAAGAUGAAAAAGCAGGCUCUGGAAACCAAAUGCUUUAUAGAAAAUCAGGAGGCAGAAGAGAGAAGACUCCUAAAAAUAAUUGCUGAAGCUGAUGCUGAGAGACUGAAGCAAAAUAAGGAACUUGAACAGGUUAUCAAAGCAAGAGAUAUCCUGGGGUCCCAGCUUGUUCGGCGCAGUGAUGAAGCAGCCCUUCUCUAUGAAAAGAUCAAAAUUCAGCAGUCCAUCUUAAACAAGGGUGAAGCCCAGUACCGGCAGAGAGUGGAAGACAUCCGACUCCUCAAACUGGAGAUCAAAAACCUUCAGCGUGAGAAGGGAAUACUGGGCAAGAGUGUAGCUAACGUGGAGGAGCUCAGACAAGAGGUCCAUCACAUGCAGAAAGAACUGUUAAGGAAACAGGCUCGGUGCAAAGUUUUGGAAGAAGAACUGGAGAAUCCCUUGAACGUUCACAGAUGGAGAAAACUAGAGGCCAGUGACCCAAACACCUACGAGCUGAUACAAAAAAUACAGAGACUACAGAAGCAGCUUAUCAGCAAGACAGGUGAAGUGAUAGAGAAAGAAUUGCUUCUUCAG